AUGUACGUGUUAUUUGUCGUGUUCCUCAUCAAUAUUGGAUUUUCCUCAGCUAAGGAAUUCGUGGACAAACUUGAUCGCUACAUAAUAGCAUGUCACACGACAGACUUCGAGUGUUUCAAGCGUCAGUACAAGGCACUCCGUGACAACGUGCUACUGGGCAAUGACAAGCUAGGGAUUCCGCUGUACAAGCACUACGUCUUCGAGUAUGGCAAGAGCACCUGUGUCAAGCUGUCAGGAUUGGAGGAGAGCGAGCUGACAUCCAUAUCAAUGGAGCACUACCCCAACAGAUACACCAUGACCCUGGAACUGCCUCUAAGGAUUCAACAAGUCAAGAAUUCUAUCACUAAGCAAUGUGCUAGGCCAGACCGUGAUUUCGAGAAAAUCAAACAAUCCAAAGGUGCCAUGAUGAGAUUUAGUGGAAACGCGACUGUGGAAAUAUCGUUCCCUUUCAAGCUGAGGAAGAAGAAAAGAGAAGUUUACCUGAAACUGGAGGACGAAGAUCUGGACGUCAUCUUGGACAUACCAGAUCUCAGCCAUUUUGAUAUGACCAGCGAAGUUGAAUCUAAGCUGUUCGAGUGGUCGGAGUGGGCUUACGAAGUGGUCCAACACGUGGAUGCUGCACAAAAUUUUGCUUUACCUUACACCAGCCAGAUGAGAACACUUAUGGAGCAUAUACCACUGCGCAGAUUCCUGAUGUUAUAUCCUGAGGAAGAUUUUAUAGAUGCGCGAUUUAGCUUUAAAAAGGAAAUUUAA